CCUUGUGGCGGGAAGGUGCCACUCCCCUCUCUCCCGGGACCGGCAGGGACCGCAGCGGGACAACUUGGAAAAGUUCUGCAGGGCGCACGGCAGGGCCGCUGGGCGCGGGUGGACAAGGAUGUAGGAGGGCGGUGGCGUGCUCUCGGAGUCCCCCGAUCUCCCAGGCCCUGCUCGGUCGAACCAUGGGGCUCCAGCAUCCCCAGGGGGGCGAUCUGCUUUAGCCGAGCUGCUGGGACCGCUCUGUGGUCUGCGGACGCAUCCCGCCCCGUCAUGGACCACCAGGAGCCCUACUCCGUGCAGGCCACUGCGGCCAUCGCAGCGGUCAUCACCUUCCUUAUCCUCUUCACCAUCUUCGGCAACGCGCUGGUUAUCUUGGCUGUGCUGACUAGCCGCUCGCUGCGCGCCCCGCAGAACCUGUUCCUGGUGUCGCUGGCCGCCGCGGACAUCCUGGUGGCCACCCUCAUCAUCCCUUUCUCGCUCGCCAACGAGCUGCUCGGGUACUGGUACUUCAGGCGCACGUGGUGCGAGGUGUACCUGGCGCUCGACGUGCUCUUCUGCACCUCGUCCAUCGUGCACCUGUGUGCCAUCAGCCUGGACCGCUACUGGGCUGUGAGCCGCGCGCUCGAGUACAACUCCAAGCGCACCCCUCGCCGCAUCAAGUGCAUCAUCCUCACCGUGUGGCUCAUUGCAGCGGUCAUCUCCCUGCCGCCCCUCAUCUACAAGGGUGACCAGGGCCCUCAGUCCCGGGGGCGUCCCCAGUGCAAACUCAACCAGGAAGCCUGGUACAUCUUGGCCUCCAGCAUCGGAUCCUUCUUCGCACCCUGCCUCAUCAUGAUCCUUGUCUACCUGCGCAUCUACCUGAUCGCCAAACGCAGCCACUGCAGAGGCCCCAGGGCCAAGGGAGCCCCUGGGAAGGGUGAGUCUAAGCAGACGGGCCAGGCCUCCCUGGGAGCUCCAAGCUCAGCCAAACUGCCAAACCUGGUCUCUCGUUUGGUUGCUGCCAGAGAGGCCAAUAGACACUCCAAGUCCACUGGGGAGAAAGUCGAAGGGGAGACCCCUGAAGGUCCUGGGACUCCGGGGGUGCCACCCAGCUGGCCUCCUCUCCCCAGCUCAGGUCGGGGUCAGGAGGAAGAUAUCUACAGGGCAUCACCUGAGGAGGAAGCUGGGGAUGAUGAGGAAGAAGAGUGUGAGCCUCAGGCUGUGCCUGUGUCUCCUGCCUCAGCUUGCAGCCCACCCCUGCAGCAGCCACAGGGCUCCAGAGUGCUGGCGACCCUUCGAGGCCAAGUGCUCCUGAGUAGGGGUGUGGGCACAGCAAGUGGGCAGUGGUGGCGUCGGCGGGCACAGCUGACCCGGGAGAAGCGGUUCACCUUUGUGCUGGCUGUGGUUAUUGGUGUCUUUGUGCUCUGCUGGUUCCCUUUCUUCUUCAGUUACAGCCUGGGUGCCAUCUGCCCACAGCACUGCAAAGUGCCCCAUGGCUUAUUCCAGUUCUUCUUCUGGAUCGGCUACUGCAACAGCUCACUGAACCCUGUCAUCUACACCAUCUUCAACCAGGACUUUCGCCGUGCCUUCCGAAGGAUCCUUUGCCGUCAGUGGACCCCGACGGCCUGAUCACUUGCUUGUGGUGUUUUUGGUCUCUUCCCUCCAUACUCCCUAUAAAGAAGAAGAAAUCAGCCUUCCACUUUCCCCAGGAGGGACUGCUGCUAAAGAGGAGGUAAAUACAAAGGUCAUGCACCCCUGUUGGUAUUGUGAUCCCCAUCAGGCUUUGGGAUGGGGGUUUAUGGGCUGUCUCUGGGCCCUUCUUUCUUCCCUCCCCUUGUUUUUGGAUUUGUAAAUCCUUUAAAGGCCAGAAUCAGGGGAUCAUUUUCAUGAGCCCAUUCCCCUCUGAGAGGCAGGUGGGUGCAUGGAUGCCUCAUUGGGGUGGUCUGGCCUCUGCCUCCACAGGAGAUCCCUGAUCACUAACAUUCACCCUUUGCAUAAAGCUGGGCGACAAUAGCUCACCGCCUACUUUCCACAGGGAGAUGAAAGGCUUUGCUGAAAGCUUUGAGCUCCAGUGGGGGGGAUGCACUAGAAUUCCAGAAAGUGUGAUUAUUCAGUGAUAUAAAAAUCCCCAUUCUCUGUGUUUACCACCACCUGUCUUCCUGUAGUCAUUUAUUCUGUGCCUGGGGUGUGUGAAUUUCUACCCCCAAACUGGAAGCGGGGAGUGGCAGACAGAACCACUAUUUCAGUUAAAGAAAUUCUUUGAGAACAUGUUCUUGUGCCUGCAGAGGCUUGAGUUAUUAUGCUAUGUGACAGCUUCUGAAUAUUUCACCUGCGACACCAAGAGGGUUUUUGGUGGCUUGGAUCCCUAAUGGGAGAUAAGUCUUUUGUCAUCACUCAGGCAAUUUUUUUCCCCAAGAUAGCUAAAAUUAUUCAUGCUCUGGGAACAGUUUGAGAUGAUGAGCCUGUGGAGGGUGGCAGAGUCCCCAGGUGGGUCCUGGGGUUGGAGCAGGUGAACAAAAGCCUGGGGCUUCCAGGAGAGCCUCUGAUCAGCGUGCCCCAGGAAGGUCUCCAAACCCCACAUGUGUUCCUGUGAUGUGUAACUGACCCCACCCUCAGUAGGUGGGUGCUGGCCAGCCAUCUCAGACUCAGCCAUAUAGCUCCACUGCAACCUCUGGAGUCCCAGGACCCUUCUCUACUGGUUCUCUCCUCCACCCUAGAACCUGAUCCACAGAGCAGUUGGGAGAAUUUGAAAAGCAUUCUCCAGUCUUCCAUGGGAGUGCUUGCUUCCAGAUGAAUCCAGCAGGCGUCCGAACUUGAGGUUGAGUUUAGUGACACAGGCAUUAUUAACCCUCUGUGGACCUGGCCAGAUAUGGAAGGGUGCUGAGGGAAUUUUCUUGGAUGGAGAAGAACAGAGAGUCCUGUUUAGGGAGAGGUAGGUGGUCCAGCUUUUUCCUCAGUCUCAGCAUGAGGCCAGGCAUUGUUCUGGGGCCAGACUGGGGCCUUGUGUCUGCUGACUGUUCUUAUAUGUACUCCAUGGGAUCUCUACUGUUGUUGGCUGUGGUCUCCUUACUGUUACGUAUAGGUGUUUUUAAAAAGUUCGAGCUAUUUUAUCAAUAAAGGAUAUUUUGUAAU